AUGGGAAUUUUUAACACAAACACUACCAAGGCCAUGGUCUUGGCUAGACAAGAAAACUUGGUCUAUGGCAUUAAGCUUUCAUCAGUCGGGCCAGGCCGGAUUACCGGGUCGGAUGUGGUUCAUGACCCGAGCGGCAUGGACUUGGCUAUGAAGCUCCACUACCUUAGAGGAGUGUACUUUUUUAGUAGCCAAGCAGCCCAAGGGCUAACCAUAGUGCGCAUGAAAGAAGCUACAUUCACUUGGCUAAAUGUACACUACCGGACAUGCGGACGGUUUCGGAGAUCCGAAUCCGGCCGGCCCUAUCUCAAGUGUAACGAUUGUGGGGUGAGGUUCCUUGAAGCCCAGUGUGACAAGACCAUUGAGGAAUGGCUAGAGAUGGACUUGUCUCACCAGAAGCUGCUUGCUUCAAACCAAGUCAUUGGACCUGAACUAUUCUUCUCUCCACUUGUUCUCUUCCAGGUUACUCAUUUCAGAUGUGGAGGCAUAUCAUUUGGUCUUAGCUGGGCCCACGUGUUGGGAGAUGCCUUUGCAGCUUCUGAUUUCAUCAACGGCUUGGGGCAAAUUAUAUCUGCUCUUGAACCCAAUAGGCUACCAAACUAUGCAACAUCAAACACAAAGUUCCAGAAACUUGAAAACCCACCACCCCCACUCUCCAUAAAACAGGUGAACCCAGUUGGUGACAAUUGGAUAACUCCCAUUAACUGUAAAAUGGAAACACUUUCAAUCCCUAUCACUGCCACCCAGCUAAACAACUUGCAAUUCAAGAUAUUGGGUCAAAACCAAAUUGAUCAAAUUCCAGUUUUUGAACUCAUUUCUGCCAUAAUUUGGCAAUGUGUAGCCAAAGUUAGAGAAGGGUCAGAGCCAAAAUUGGUGACAAUUUGCAGAAAUGACCCAAAAGAGAGGACGAGAGGGGAAUGCAGCAACAGUCAGAUUAUAAGCACAGUCAAGGCAGAUUUCAGCAUUACAGAUGCGGAUCCAAAAAAGUUGGCAACCUUGCUAGUCAAGCAAGCCGGGAACGAGAGAUCCCAAAUAGAAGAAGCUAUGGAGAAUGAUAAUGGAGUGGCUGAUUUUGUUGUGUAUGGAGCCAAUUUGACGUUUGUGAAUUGGGAAGAUGCUGAUUUCUAUGGGUUGGAAGUGAAAGGGCAUAAGCCGGUUUACGUGCAGUAUAACAUACAAGGUGUUGGAGAUGAAGGAGCUGUUUUAUUGCUGCCAGGGCCUAAAGACUUUGGAGAGGGUAGAGGUGAAGGAAGAGUGGUGAAUAUUAUUUUGCCUGAGAAAGAAGUGUUUGGGCUGAAAUCUGAGUUGAGAAAGAAUGAUCUGUUGCUUGAGAAUGAGCUUGAAUGA